CAUCGAUGUGGGGUCCGCCGCCCGCGCGGCCGCAGCACGAUGAACGCGCAGCUGGGCAUGGAGGCGAUCGGCGAGCUGCACGCGGUGGGCCAUGAGCCGGUGCCCGCGCCUGCCGAGCUGCUGGCGGGCAGCCCCCACGCGCGGGGCUCCGUGGCGCACCGCGGCGGCCACCUGGCGCCCGCGCACCCGCGCGCCAUGGGCAUGGCCACCCUGCUGGACGGCGGCGGCGGCGACUACCACCACCACCACCGCGCCCCUGAGCACAGCCUGGCCGGCCCGCUGCACCCCACCAUGACCAUGGCCUGCGACACCCCGCCGGGCAUGAGCAUGCCCACCACCUACACCACCCUCACCCCGCUGCAGCCGCUGCCGCCCAUCUCCACCGUCUCCGACAAGUUCCCGCACCACCACCACCACCACCACCACCACCACCACCACCCCCCGCACCACCACCAGCGCCUGGCGGGCAACGUGAGCGGCAGCUUCACGCUCAUGCGGGACGAGCGCGGGCUGGCCUCCAUGAACAACCUCUAUACCCCCUACCACAAGGACGUGGCGGGCAUGGGCCAGAGCCUCUCCCCGCUGUCGGGCUCGGGGCUGGGCGGCAUCCACAACUCCCAGCAGGGGCUGCCCCACUACGCCCACCCGGGCGCGCCCAUGCCCGCCGAAAAGAUGCUCACCCCCAACGGCUUCGAGGCGCAUCACUUCGGGCGGCCCGGGGAGCAGCACCUCACGCCCACCUCGGCCGGCAUGGUGCCCCUCAACGGCCUCCCGCCGCACCACCCGCACGCCCACCUCAACGCCCAGGGCCACGGGCAGCUCCUGGGCACGGCGCGGGAGCCCAACGCCUCGGUGACGGGCGCGCCGGUCAGCAACGGGAGCAGCUCGGGGCAGAUGGAGGAGAUCAACACCAAAGAGGUAGCUCAGCGGAUCACCACCGAGCUCAAGCGCUACAGCAUCCCGCAGGCCAUUUUCGCGCAGCGGGUGCUCUGCCGCUCGCAGGGCACCCUCUCGGACCUGCUGCGGAACCCCAAGCCCUGGAGCAAACUCAAGUCGGGCCGGGAGACCUUCCGGAGGAUGUGGAAGUGGCUGCAGGAGCCUGAGUUCCAGCGCAUGUCUGCGCUCCGCUUAGCAGCUUGCAAAAGAAAAGAGCAAGAACACGGGAAGGACAGAGGCAACACCCCCAAGAAGCCCCGGCUGGUGUUCACCGAUGUGCAGCGUCGAACUCUACAUGCAAUAUUCAAGGAGAACAAGCGCCCGUCCAAAGAAUUGCAGAUCACCAUCUCUCAGCAGCUGGGGCUGGAGCUGAGCACCGUCAGCAACUUCUUCAUGAACGCGCGGAGGCGGAGUCUAGACAAGUGGCAGGACGAGGGCAACUCCAAUUCAGGCAACUCAUCUUCCUCAUCGAGCACUUGUACCAAAGCAUGAAGGAAUCACCACAAACUCAAACCUCGGUGGAAAAGCUUUAAAUUUAAAAAAAAAAAAUGUUUUUUUUAAUGACCAGGACCUCAAGAUAGCAGGUUUAUUCUUAGAAAUAUUUGAAGAAGAAGAAGAAGAAAAAGUGUUAUUUAUAGUUCAAAGAAACCAAAGACUUAGCUAACCUGCAUUCUGACUUUGUUUGGAGACACACACCUCAGCAGUGUGAGGACCGAGCAAGAAAACUUAGGAGCAGGAAGACACCACUGGAUCUCCCACCUCCCAUCCGUGAUCAUUCUCUCUGUGCUCGGCUGUUGGCCGGCGUGGAGCACAGUGAUUCUUGAAUCACAAAGUUCUGCUGCACCGUGAAGGUGUAGUCUCAGUACUGUGUGUGGAUGUGUGUGUGCACCUGUGUGUAGACGCAGGUCUGCACACCCCACACAGAUUACCCCACCACCACCAUCACCACCACCAGUGGUUAGGGACUCGGGCAGGGCUGGUCUUCAGGAAGAGUUGUGCUGUAAGAGUGCAACCAACAUAGUAUGGGGUUGUCUGAGUUUCUUGGAUUAGGAGUGCGGUUUUGCGCAGUGUAGCCUAGUGUUUGAACCUGCCGGAACCACAACCUAAACGCAGAUUCAAACCCAGCAAAGAAAAUUUGAAUGACACCCAAACCAGUGCAUUCUCUUUGUUUGUUAAGAAAUGUUCAGAUAUUUUUUAAGAAAUUAAACAAGAGUCCAUCCGUUCAGAAAAAAAAUAAUAAUAAGUUACCUAGGUACCAAAGAACACAGUGUUAUAGUGCAGGUAUUUUAUUGCAAUGAUUUUAAUAACCAAAGCUAUUUUUACACAAGAUACUAUAUAAAGUUAUACAUAUGAACUUAUCUCGCUAAUAAUACACAUGCCACGUAGAAUCCUGACUCGUAUUUAUGACUCUUGAAGCAUUUUGAAAUAUUAGUUUUCAGAGCUGGCAAGAAAGAAUGUAGCUUCAGGGAAGCAAUUAAUAUCGAAACAGAGAGGUCGAUGCAGUAUGCUUGUACAUCCAGACGGCAUACUCUCUUUCAGGAUGCAUAAAUGUCACUUAAGAAGACAGAUGAGACACGGUUCCAUAACCUGUUCAUAGCUGAGAAGACCCGGGUAUUCUUCCAAAAUUGGAUCCUGUUUGUAAACCAGAGAAAUGAAUUCAUCUGGGAAGUUGACUCAAUUAGAAAAUUUGCUGGAAGUACUGUUUUAGAAUUAAAAUGCCACUAGGUUAAUUGGAUGUAAAGUUUGCUGUAUGCAUUUGGCACCAAUUACAUCUUUAAAAUUCGUUACAAACACACAAAGUUGAGCAGAUCAACAUUAUUAUUAUUAAGUUAACUAUCCAAAAUUUGUCAUCAUCCUGAAAAAGCCAUCAAAUUUACUUUGUUGCCGAUCCCAGACAUUUGUACAAUUUGGACAUCAAUCAAAAUAGCAAGUGCAAUUCAGAAAUGACAGGAUUGGUGGAAGAGAAUAGGAAGUCAGAGUUCUAAUGGAAGACAGAGGUACUACGAGGAUUAAGCUCUUUGUAUCACUCUAUGGAGCCUCCUUAGCAUACUGCAUUCUUUCUUGCUGCAGCAUUAAGCUGGAAGUUUUAUGAUGGAGUCUACUUCCCAACCAGAACAGAUGAAAAACUAGACUAGCGCUUCCAAACAAAAAUUUGCAUUUCUGUUUCUCUACUCAUUCAAUCACAGCUUUAGAGAUGAAAUUCAGAACACACAGUUGUACUAGUGAUACCCAAGUGAAUCACUUGAUUCCCAGAAAAUUUCUCUCAGAAUACAGUUAAACUGAACUCAUGCCUUUUGUACUAAUUGAGUAAAGAAUUGGGCUCCCUUGGUUAAAUACCACAUGUAACUAGAAACGUAACAUUAAAUGCCAUCACAACAGUAAGUUGUCUGCUGAGAUUCACUAACACAUUAAAGAAAACAAUUAAACCUGUUUGAUAUAAAAAACAAGUUUUUUAGGACCAAAUCUCAGCAUCUUAUAUCAGUCUAGAAAAGACAAAACAUGAAAAAGGAAGCUAAACAAUAAGAAACUGAACACUUAAAGAGAAAACUAAAGAGCAAACCAACCACUUGCAUCUCCUUCAUAGCUGCUGUAAAUAAUAAAAGGAAGCCAAAUCCCUACUUCUCCUUUGAUGAAAUAGUCUUGGCAUAUUUGAUAUUAAUAUUUUUUAUUUCACCCCAGAUUCUAGCUUAAAAUUUUCCCUUCUAAAUACAGCACAAUUAUCGUUGAGCUGUUAAAAGAAGACCAUUUAAAUGGCUGUCCUGGGAGAUUUUAUAAAAAUAUGAUCUUGAUACAAACAAAAAGAAGUUUAAAAUUAUUAACUCUUCUCUCCAGGACUGGAGAGGGUUAUGCCUACAGCUACAUAAUGUAUUUCUAGUUCAGGGGCAUGUGAACCUUAUUUAUUUAAAGCGUGAUAAUUUUAAAUGCAGGGAAAUUCAAGUUGUGUCUACACACAGUUGUACCAGAUUCUAUACCCGAAGAAAAGCAAAAGUUGAAUUCAGACAACCAUGGUUUGUUUCUAUUCGCUUUUGUUUUUAUUCUCUAUGUUAUCCCUCAAAUUUAUCCAGCUGUAUUUUAUAUUUUCAGCUAGUUGUUUUGGUACUGGGUUGACAUCAUCGCAAAGAACGUUACCCAUUCUAAAUAUCCCCAACCAUAGCGGCUUUUGGGAAAAUAACCAGUGACCCUAUUAGCUAACACCAAAGAUAAUUUUUAUACCAGCAUUGAAUUUGUACCAUUGUGCAACUUCAGGGCCUAGAGAUAUAUUUUCUCACAGACAGAUGCACAAAAUAGAGCCUGAAAAGGAAUUUUUUUACUUGCCUGUUUUCAACAUACUUACAACCUUUGCUUUUUUAAAAUUCUUAUAGACAAGCUCCACUUCUCAACAAGCAAUAUGUUUAUUACGUCAUCUAAAAACAUUCCUUUUUGCUUCUGAGUUGGCACCUAAGGAGAAAAAUACUUCCAAUCCCAUUUAGUAUCCCAUUCAUUUACACCUCAGUUUUCUUCACUUGGCACAUUAAAUGGGGCGUAUCAUAUACCUUUGUUCACCUCUCAGUUCUCAAAUCUUGAGGAAAAUUCACCUAAACGUGUAUCAUACUCUUUUACUCAUGUCUUUUAUUUUUUAUGCCAAAACUGCACUUCAAAUGAGCUUUUUUUUUUUUUUUUUUGGAAUGGAAGUUAAGAUUGUUUUGGCCCUAACUCAAUCAGGUUCUCUCAUGUCCAGAAGCUUCCCUGAAAAGUGGCCAAAGGAGACAGUGGGAGAGACAGUGUCUGGAGAGCUUUCAAAAGUCCAGAUGCUAUUUGAUGUUCAGGUAAAAGAAUUCUGGAUGUAAGGAACUGUGGGCCCCAGUCCCUGGAUGUACCUCGAACAAAUCCCACACUCAAAACUAAUGUGUGGGUAGAUUUGGAAGCUCUAACCGAAUAUGUCACUUAUUUCCCUGGACCCCCCCAAAUCAUAAUUAAGUUUCUAGGAAGAAAUUAAUAAAAGCACUCUGCUACUUUUGGGCUCGCGUCACUCCCUGUGCUACCCAGGUAAACCACCUGUCUCUGCAGGUUAAAUGUAAACUUUGCUAUACCAAAGAGUCCUAGGACAUUUUCACAGGAGCUAUAAAGGCAUUUUCCCUGAGAAAGGGCCUCCCUUCCUUGUACAUAAAGGAUGAAAACUAUGCAUUUAGCAAACAAAGAGAAAGCACUACUCCAUUUCCUAUCUAGUAGAUUAGGGUGCAUUCAGACCCCAGGGGGCUGGGGUGGGGGUGGGGGGCCAUUUUGAAACAGAUUGGCCUUCUGGAAUAUUCCUGUGGUGUGGUUAGCUUUACAGUACAAUUUGUAACUCUUUCCUAAAUAGUUAAGACAGAGAAGCAAAGGUAAAGAAAUAGCAACUUCCAUGUGUUUAAAAAAAAAAAAAAGAAAAAGAAGAAAAAAAAGGAAAAAAAAAAGAAAAAAGGAAAAAAAAAGUGUAAAGAUCUACUAUUUAUAGUGUGAACCAAAGACGCUACCUCACUCGAUUCCAUUGGUGAUUUUAAUCACAUUGAUGAUACCAAAGAAUACCAAAGAUAUUCUCGUGCACGGCCUGUCUCGGAGGGAGCCCCCCUUCCUCUCCCCUCCCCUCCUCCUGUCCCCUCUCACUGUUCACUCCGUGUGUAAACUUGUCUUCAUUCUUAAUAAUAAUGGUACAAUAACGACAACGUUAGGAACGACGCUCCGCUAGUUCUUGUCAAUCUCUAGGCAAACAUGUCGCAAACUUUAUAAACUCCUAGGAUGAGUGCCUUGCUUGAACCAAAGUGUUAAACCGCUGUUGACCUCUCUCUCCUUAUACUCUGAAUACCUCAGCCUCUUCGAAAGGCCACUAAUGAAAAAAAAAAAAAGGAAUAAUUAUUCACCGUGGUGCUUUUUCCGUGCAACCAUGCAAUGAAACUUUCUUUGAUACCAAAGGAUGACGUGUCCCCCCCUCCCCUAAUUUCUUGCUGAUAAACCAAAGCUCCUCCUCUCUCCUGUCGAGGUGUCCCCAACUUCACCGACCCCCACCCGCAGGCAGGCCGUGCACCACUUGUACCAAUUCCUCCAAAUACCUCAUAGUAAUAAAGUUUUAGGCUUAUGUUGUAUAGAGAGUCUAUGUGAUAAGGCAGAACUUACUAGUUUGAUAACUGUUAAGGUUACUUUGAAAAGAAACUUUAUAAUUCUUAUUAUUUAUUUUGUAGAUUGUAUGUUUGAGGUGUCCCGUCUUCCCCCCCCCCACCCAACGUGCCCCCUCUCCUCCACUUUGUUUGGGCUUUAUUUUCUUAACAGAACUGCUCUGUUGCUCAAGGAAGACUUAAUUUCUGGAAGUAUUCCCCCUCCCCCACGUGGGUUUAAAGGUUGUGUAAAAAUGAAAGAAUUGAAUAAGAAAUGAGUUUUGUUUUGAUGAUUCCUUAUAAAGUUUUUGAGUUUCCUAGUAAAUUUGUUUCCACAGGGUAAAUAUAAAUAUAAAUAUAAAUAUCUGUGUAAUCUCUUUUGUUUUUGGUUCUGUGAAAACUGGUUCCUGUUUUUCUCUAUCAUGUGCUGUGAUUCUUUUUAAUUUAAUUCUAUUUUAUAUGAACUUAUUUAAUCACCACUUUAAUUUAUGACUGUGUGGGUUUCUUCUUUUUAAUGUAUAUAGUAGAACUUAAGUGGCCCAAGUUUUCUGUCGCAAUCUGUUCUUUGAUGCUGAGACAAGCGGAAAACAAGAGCUUCUCUCUAACUGCAGGGUGUAUCUUUUCGAUUUUUCUUAAAAGCACUUCAAUGUGUGUUGUAAACACUGCCAGGUCCCCAUCCAAAAAUUUGUACAUGCCAAACUGAGUGUCUCGAGGUAGUCCUUUUUGUUAUUUAGGAGAAAAGGCAUUGCUUUUGUUCUUCCUUUAACUUAUUAAUUUUCUUAGAAAAGAUUGUGUUGCAGGUUAGACCUGAAAUUCCAAAGAGUUGGAGACUUGUUUAAUGUGUGUGAAGGCAUGGGCAUUUGUGAACUACUUCACUGCUUUUUGUUCGUUUGUUCGUUUAAGCAUUCACGCAGGUCUGAGAAGUAAAGUGUGUUCAGAAUCUCAAAAGAAACGAGCUGGCUUAGGUUGGAAAAUCCUUUCCCAAGUUUCUGAACUGCUCCAAGCGAGGGCAGAGCAUGAAGGCAGGUCCUUUUGCAGAACUGACAAGGCAGUCAAGGGGUGUCAUGUGCGUUUUACAGACUUGGAGACAGAGAGGAGCUGGCCUGGUCCCUGUUUGUCUAAGCAACCCAAGAUCUGAUUGCUCGGCCCCCAGUUUAAGGGAAAUGCCUCCAAGUUACAUAUCCUUCUCGAUCUCGGGAGAGUAGGAUGUUCCUCAGAUAUCCUGCUCACAAUGACUCCCACUCCAUGCCACACUCUUCCCUGCCCAGAUUAGAUUAUCUGUAAGUAUCAAGAAGUCUCCGUAGUGUAUGUGCUCCAGAUCUUUUUGGAUUGGAUUCUUCUAAUCCUACCCCUUCCCACUCCUUAUCUUUCCUUGUACCCUCUUGUGGAGGCUGCUCAGAACAGGUGCGCGCGUGCACACACAUACACACACACACACACACACACACACACACACACACACACUCACUCACUCACUCACUCUGAUUUGUGGCCUGCUCUGAAGAACUGGUGACCUCUGUUUUGUUUUUACUGAACUAUACAGCAUCAACCCAUAGAUGUAAAUACUUUUCCUUUUCAAGACAAGAAUUUUACCGUAUUUUCUUUUACAGGGGUGUUUGGGUGGGGAAGGAAAGGGGAGCUUAGACUUUGAGUCAAAUGUUACAGUUUUCUUAGAAACAUUUUUAUACUCGUUAAGUAUUAAGGGCAAUUAAGUAUUAAGGGCAAUAAAUCUGCUCUGAGUUGCAGAACCAUCCAGUGCUCUGUUGGGAGACUGUCGACUAUUUGUUUUGCAUAUAAAUGUUAUGCAGAGUUUUGGAACGCCCAGAAAAAAAAUGGCUGAGGGAGUAGACUUUUACCAUCAACAAUGAAAAGCUGAACAAGGUUGUAUCAUGAGGUCAUUCCUAACUUCUGUUUCUGUGUUGGUCUUGAUUUGGAGGGACAGUAUGUUCUGCAUUAAUUACAUAAUCACUGUGGGGUCAUUUUAGAUUUGCCGUCUGAAUCAAGUGACAACUAUUUUUUGUUAAAUAAACUUUGAAACAUUGUCUUCCACUCGCUUCAUAUCUCCCUGUGUUUCUUGUCCCUUCCGAGUCAGCCCAUCUGCCACUCACGUAGACUGUCCCUUGCCCUGCCCUGCUAAGGUCAGUGUACCUCUGACCUGAGCUUUUGUUUCAGUGCGACUCAACUCUCUGAUCCACUUAGCUUGAUGGUUUAUUAUGUAAGGAGGGUGCCUAAGACAAUCAUCAGGUAAAUAAAUAAAAAUUAAAUUAAAAAAAAAGUUCAUAGAGUAGAAAAUCUUCCAAGAGCAGAGGGAGUUUCUUCUUUAGCGUUGGGGAUGGGAGGGAGGGAAGGUAAAUACAUAAUUAAUUUUAAAAACCUAACCAUGGGGGCUUAGAAGAUUUUUGAUAAAAAGACAAUGUUGCUGUCAUUUUUCUUGUGAGUUAGAAAGCAGUGGUAGUUUAUAUGUUGCAUCUACAUUUCAGACUAAAUAAUUAUUGUACCCAGUUAUGGUUGGUUGCUAAUAUUUUCUCUCUCUCUCUCUCUCUCUCUCUCUCUCUUUCUCUCUCUCUCUCUGUCCAAUGCUUUUUUUGUAUUCCUGUGUGUAGAACAAAAAGUGUAAUGCAUUAGGCAUUAUUCUGGUUUGUUUAUGAGUAUCCCCUGUACUACACUGUACUACAUUAAGAUUUCUUUCCAUUUUUUUUAAGCUUUACUACUGUUCUCAUUUUAUGCCGUGCAAUAUCAUCUGCUGUUUGCUAAGCAAAAAAGAAGAAAAAAAAAUCAAGUGAUGACGCCAUCAUGCUUUCCAGUGUUAAAAUGUUUUCAGCAUUUAUGUAGUCACCAAAAUGUAGUAAAUAAAAUGUUGGAUUUUCCAGCACUUU